AUGAUCAAGAUCUGGUCGCUCAAGAAGGACGAGGAGAGCGCACGCAAGCGCAAGCCAAAGACGAGCCCGGCACAGCUGCGCGUGCAGAAGGACCUGACGGAGCUGGAGCUGCCCAGCACGAUGAAGACCAACUUCCCGGACCCGGCAGACGUGCUCAACUUCACGCUCACCAUCGAGCCCGACGAGGGCAUGUACAAGGCGGGCGCCUUCAACUUCUCCUUUGCCAUCAACAACAACUACCCGCACGACCCGCCGAAGGUCAAGUGCCUUCAGAAGAUCUACCAUCCCAAUGUCGAUCUCGAGGGCAACGUGUGCCUCAACAUCCUGCGCGAGGACUGGAAGCCCGUGCUCAACCUCAACUCCGUCAUGGUCGGCCUGCAGUACCUCUUCCUCGAGCCCAACGCCGACGACCCGCUGAACAAGGAGGCGGCCGAGGACCUGCGGAGGGAUCGAGCGGCGUUCACGCGCAACGUCAAGACGUCGCUGGCCGGCGGCAGCGUCAAGAACAUCAGCUACGACCGCGUGACGAAGUAG